AUACAAGUGCUGUCAGAUGGUUUUUCAGGCCUGAAAGGAAAGAAAAAAAACAACAGUGUUUUUCCUGUCCCUUCGAUACGGAAAAUUAUUUAAUGGCUUCGCUAAAAGAUUGGGAUGUGCUCCGGCUAUCGACACUGAUAACGAACGUGAAUGCGAAACUCUCGGCUAGCAUUCGAAUCGACAAGGAGUAUCAGCUGUUGUGUCUCGUGCGCCAGAAUGAUCAGAUACUGUUCCGGUACAUCGACCACCAUGGCGAGGUUCACCUGAUGCUGCUGUGCUGGUUCGCCGAGAAUCAGAAGAAAAUUCAGGACGUGUGUUUCGACAAUGAAGGCUCCCGUUUGUUGGUGUUUUGUUAUGACAACACGCUGCACAUCGUGCCGGCGCUAGCAAUUUGUGAUAAAUCGUACGAAGAUGGCAAACGCGCUCCCGAGAUUACGUCCUUCAUCGUUCCGUUCAUUGGGCCGCACGAGUGCCCAAACCCUCAAACAUGUCCCAACAAUUCGCACAACAAUCUUCCACAGACGGGCAGAUCGUCGCACCGUUCGUCGGUUGCUUCCGAGGCUAGCCUCAAGGGUGCGGGCACGGCCAGCGGAGGCAGCCCAUCGUCGUCCGAACCGAAUCUCAUCUUUGACGCACCGACCAUCAAAAAGUCGAGCUCCACGUACACGACACACAAGAUCGAUGAAAUCUUUUCCCUGAACAGUAUCUACCGGAAGCUGUUUCUGGAGCAGCUGGAGCGGGCACGGGCCGAGGAGAAUGCGAAUCGCAGCAUAUCGGCCACCGGUACCGACACACCGAUUGCGAUGCAAACGAUCGAAGAUUUCUUUGCCGACGGGUGCCAGCUGAAGGAGAGUGGUAGCAUACCCGGGGACGCUACAUCGAAGGCGUCUACGCCACAGGAAACGAUUUCCAUCAGCUCCAGCUUGGAGUCGACGGUAUCGUUAUCCUGUCCGUAUCCAACGUGCUGCAGCUGGUGGAAAACGCUUGCAAAUGAACCGCGAGCCAUUCUGGGCUAUUCGGAUGGAUCGAUAUGUGUCGUAGGACUCAUGCCAAACUGUUCGUUUCUCGGCGAUACGAACUGUGAGCGAGGAUCGAUCGAGAAGCUGAUAAUCUGUCAGGACAACAGUAUGGAAACGAUCAGCCUAAUGAUCAAUACAUCUACCAAAGAGCAGUGGAAGUUACUUCUGGAGCAAAAGUCUAUCAAGUACACCUUCCCUGGCGCCAUCACUCCCACCUCCGUGCAGGACCUCAAGUCCGAGCUGCUCAAAUCUCUCUCAUCCGAUGGCACAGGCAGUGAAAGCGGUUCCGUUCCGAUAGAAGAUUGGCAGAUUGUACUUUCGCUACCAAAGGACGGUGAAACGGCAAGCGGAAGUCAGCAGCGGCAGCAAGGCGCUGGCUCGCAACCGAACAACGACGCGGACAGUAACGAUUCAAGCCCCAACAGCUCGGAACCACCUUCGGGGGAUGAUUUCGAGAAGGUAGAGAAUGAAACCGCCACCGAAGGUAAUGAUAAAGCGGAACAGCAGCAGGGCGCCCUGCCGAAGCUGUUCCCUGCGGCCAAAGCGCGAUUACUGUCGUUGCGUGAUCUCGGUGCGAAGAAAAUCGGCACGCUCAAGCUGAAGCUUUCGGAAAGCCGUAUCCGUGCGAAGGAACGUGAAAAGUACAAGGAGCAGGCGGCAAAUCUGGCGGUAAUGGAGCUACCGGGCAUGUACCCGGAGAUUCUAACGACACCGGCCGGUCCGUACUUUGUGGUGCAGCAUUUGGAUGGCAAGUAUUUGCUGAGCGCACUGCACUCCUACUCGGACACGCUGUCGGUGCACAGUAUGGACAUUAGCUUGAUACCGUUGCACAUCUACAAGCUGCCAAAGCAGUGCCAUACGACGCUACUGACGAAGAACGUGCUGUACGUGCUGCAUAGCGUGCAGGAGGAGGAGCAAGAACCGACCGGUGACCCACCGGAAGAGCCUUUGGAGUCGAAAGUGGAUGGAAAUAGCUCGGUGGAUGACACUACUAGCAGCAGCACAACUGAGUCGGGCGUACCCAAUACGGUCAGUGUGGUCAGUAGUAAAAUAGCCGCAAUGAAGAUGGGCGACGAUUGUGAUUUCAACGAGCAUUCGCUGCUGGGAGUUUUUCACUUCCCGGAUGAGCGAGUGCUCGACAUACAUCGUGUGUCCCCUGCCAGUCGGAAGGAGGACGGGACGGUGGACGCAGCGCCUUGUACCGAUCCACCGGAACAACCACAGUCAAGCGCAGGGGAAACGAACGAUGGACGAUCGAUCUUUCAAAAGUCGGCCGUUUCAAACUAUCUGCGCAUUCAGCGGGGAUUGCGCAUGGAGCGCAAACUGGACAUGUCCGAGCAGCAGGUCAUGGCGGAAGAGUUUCCCAGCAUCGAGUUCGACCAGGCCGUGAUCGUAACCGAUCGCAAUCUGUAUUCGGUUGAGCUGGCAGACUGUGGCAAGAAUCUGUUCCUAAAUCUGGCCCACAAGUGCAUUUGGGCGGCGUGCGAAGAUUUUUGCGCCACGUUUGGGCUGCCGCUGGCGAGCUGUAUCGAGUACGCCGGGGACGUGCUGUUGCGAAGGAAGCGCAUUUCGGAGGCGCUCAUGACGUACAACGUGGCGAGACUGUCGCCGAUGAAGACGGCACUGAAGUUAGCGCUGGCAAACGAGAGUAAAGCCCUGAUGAAGCUGUCCGCAAUGGCGUUGCGCAACUCGCACAUCAUCAACAGCCAGUUCCUGAUGCACGACGUCAUGCGGCAGCUGGUCGAUGAGGCACACCUGGGGAACGUUGUGUACGAUUCGCUGAUGAACCUGAACUCACGGACGACGCUCAAACCUAUCAACACAGGCGCACAGUGCAGUGAUUUCUCGUACGACAACGACGACGUGAUGCUGGACGUGCAGAUUUCCCCGGCGGACCAGUUUCACCUAUCGAACUUGAUGUUUCUUACGCUGUGUGAGCGCUGCACGGUGGACAAAAACUACAUCCCGCUGUGGAACUACAUCGUUACGAACAGCAAGUAUCACACGAGCUUGGCCUGCAUCAUGCUUGCCCACGGGAAGCUCUACUCUACCGCCGUACUGUUGGCGAUGACGCGCGGCACCUGUCUCGAUGUGUUCAGCUGUCUCGUAGGCACGUGGGAACAAACGGUCGCCGAAACGCAGGCAGCAACGCCGGCCGAAACGAACGCGUUCGUGUACAACCUGUCGAACGAACUGUUUAUGGAGUGUCUCAUCUACCUUCGAGACUACACGAUGAACUACCUGCAGCUGAUACGUAAAAAUCUGGACGUGUUCGACAUCAACGUGCUGGAGCGACUGAUCCGCCAGCUGAACCCGUUUCAUCCCGUGUAUCGGCCGCUGAUGCACCGGCUGUCGAACCAUGAAAGCACCGCCAAGGAGCCAUCCGGCCGUCCAUUGCUGUUCUUCUGCAAAGCGUUGAUUGAAACGUUUCUGGCCGUAUCGGUUCGGGCUCAGCAGCUGAAGAUGCACCACGACGGAUCGUUUCUGAACGCCCUGAAGCAUGUGCGCGUACACCAUGAGGAGCGUGCGAUCGAGAUGCGCCUGGCACGGUUUUCUCCUAUUGCGACUGGGUUCUUUCAUGCGGCCGCUGUCGUUAGCCAUACGGCAUACAUUUGGGGCUCGAACGGUGUAAACUGUGCGCUGAGUCGAACCGCACUGCAAGGGGACGCCAUUGGAGCAAAUGGCCAACCACCGGCCGUAAGCUUUCUGCGUCAGAUUGAGCUCGACGUGUUGGCUGUUCAGUGUGGUCGACUGCAUACGCUGUUUCUCACCAGCAAUGGGCUUUAUUCAAUGGGCGCCAACAAUCUGGGUCAGCUAGGAAUCGGGAAUCACGUUAUCAACGCCCUGCAACCGAUGCUGGUAAAGACGCUGGAUGGAAAGAGCAUCACCCACUUUGCUGCCGGCCAGUAUCACAAUGCGGUGGUGGCAAAUGGGCUGUUGUACACUUGGGGCUGGGGCGUGUUUGGGCAGCUCGGUCACGGAACGGUGAAUGAUUGCAACAAACCAAAGAUUGUGGAAUUUUUCAGGAAUAAGAAAAUACUACAAAUUGCGCUGGGUCAUGCACAUACCAUGGUGCUGUGCCGGGGAGAGCACGAAACCCACAGCAGCCUGUACGUGUUCGGUUCCAAUCACUACGGUCAGCUGGGAUUGGGACAGGAAGAUCCGUUCGGCGUUACCGUUGAUACUCGCAAUGGGAAAUCGUUCCUGAUCUCGCUUGUUCCCCGCAAGGUGCAUCUAGACGAAGAGAUAUGCGUUAUCAACACGAAACUGUUUGUGAACCUGGUGUUGACUACUUCGAACAAAUUGUACACCUGGGGAUCUUCGCCGCAAGCAUUGCGCUUAGCUACGCAGGCAAGAAAACGGGCAAAAUCUUCCAACACCGGUAAGGGCGGUAGUUACUCCAAGUUCAGCUCGAUCCUGCGAUCGGGAUCGAAAUUCAACGGCACAGAACAUACCACUAGCGCAGCGGAAUCGUCCCCAAGCGGAACAAAGACACCGCAAUCGACUGAAGAAACGGAAACCGAGACGACAACGGGCGAAGAGUCGAGUAAACAAGAAGACACGGAACGACAAACAAACACGAGCGACCCGUCGGAUGACGAAACUGCUGCAGGACAAUCAACGGAUGCCAGUAUUAUUAUUCCGGAGAUCAAGAUUACCGAUGAUGGACCGGCAGGCAACGAAAAGCUACAGGCGGGAAAUGAAGCGGACGAAAAAGCAACUACCAACAGUGGUGGCGACGACGCAAUGGAGCAUCUUUUCCCAUUGUUUGUCGACACAUCUUUGGUUGAAGGAAGAAUUGUAAAGAUUUCGAGCGGCCUGUACCAUUUUGCGAUCGUAACGGAGGAUGGGUCCAUCUACACCUGGGGCAAGAACAUCGAACGUCAGCUGGGUCGCGAGGGUGGUCGUAAUGAGGUGCUGAUUCCUACCCGCUUGGAGACGGUGGACAAUGUGGAGCAUGUCGAGUGUGGGGCCGACUUUACGCUGAUUAUGACGAAAGAUCAUGUCGUGAAGGCUUGGGGUAACAACAAUAUGGGCCAGUGUGCCAAAGAGAUUAACCUCGAUCGUUCCGGAAUACCGGGCAAGCUGGUGCGGUUGCCUAUCUCGAACCGUGUUGUGCGCAUCCCGGACAGCUCCCAGUUCAUCGAGGCUCCGUACGAGGUGAAGCUGCCGACAAACGAUGGGCUAGGAUAUGAUGAGUCGCUGCGGUUCCUGAAAUCGAUGCCCAAAUUCAGACGCACGUUCGUGUUGAAGAGUGCGCUGGAGAAGCUGAUUAGCAAUAGUAUUUCGACAAUAAGCUCAAGCCUAAACGACGUCAGCAAUGCAGAGGAGGUGGAUGAUGUGGUCGGAGACUUGCCGGAUUCGUUGGGCGAGGGACGGUUGUUGUUGCAGCAGCAGCAGCAGCAGCAGCAGCACGCCAACAGCACGAUGUCUUCGUUGCAAUCCGUAUCGUACGCCACCUCACCGACAUCACUGGCAAUAGACGAAGAGGAGGACGAUGAAGAGGAAGACGACGAGGAUGACGAUGAAGAGGCCGGCAUUGUAGGAGAAUGCGAAAGCGGAAGAGCGAACGGUGGAACGGAUCGUUCCGCGGACUCGUCGCGUCUGUUCAACGAGCGACACUUGCUGGGCAAUGAUUUCAUCCACUACUGUCUGUACAUCUUUCACGGGCUGUAUAGUCAGGACGACGUGCUGGAGCUGACAAAACGCGGUACGGAGUAUCACAUUCGCAUGAUGAUGCUGAACUACGAUUACGUGGAAGCGUUCCGGUUGAUACUGGAGAUGCGUUCGUCGUCGUUGUCGUCAUCUGCUUCGGCUGCUACGAUUGCGUGUCACACGCAAAACAUGGUCAAAAUCUUCGAGUACUUCACAAAAGACUCCAACAUCAUCCCGAUGGAGAUGGGCAACAUCAAGUACUUCAUUUACGAGCUGUUCAUGUUCUUCAUCCGGCACAACUUGAACGUGAACGUGCUGGAGGAGUUUUUUAUGCGCAAUCUCGACUGCUAUCUGGUGCAGCUGGCGUCCGUACUGUACUUUAACAAUCUGAACAAUCUGCUCACGUCGCCACCGCGCGCUGCAUCAACGACCGGUAGCGGCGGCGGCGCGAUCGAUACGGAGGUGCUUGCCCUUGAACGUAAGCUGCUGGACAAGUUCAACAACAACAAUGGCAAUCCGUUGCUGACCGGUGAGCUGUUUGGGCAGGGACGAACGGCUGCCGGUAGUGGACAGGUGGUCCGUAAGCUCGAAAACACGGACACAAUCUGCAAGGCGCUAAGUACUACGUUCAGUGUAACCGUUUGCCAGAAGCUACUGGAACAUUUCGAUCGCUUCAAAUGACUAUACGCGUUCGGUGUCGAUGAGAUCGGUGACGCGCAGGAAAGGAUACGUUAAAAUAUGUGCGUCCUGUGCGUCCAGGGGAAAAAGGGCCUCGGCUGUUCUGAUUCUAUCCGUUACGUUGAUUUUAUUUUAUUUUUUCGAGAUGAGUAGUUUAUUUUUAUUGUUUUGACAUUUUCUACAACCAAAUUUUACCAGCACCAGGUGCAGCAGAGCAGAAAUGAAAUAGAAUAAGCGUUUUGAUAUUAGUUUGUGAUAGGAGCGUGGAGAACUGAGCUUGGUAGGGUGUUUGGACACACAUUUACAUAGUUCCCCUGCUCGCUUUACAAUGGCAGCGUGGUGGAAAUGUGAUGGGUGUGUGUAGCGUUGGUUUCGACGCGACCUAUACAAUCAUUUUACUACUAUUGUUAAUAACUUACAAAACAAACAUCAGUAACAGACACGAUCACAGUGCCAGAAUAGAGUAAAAACAAAACUGGGUACGCACAAUGAAAAUCGUAGAACGGGCUAUCGUCCGAGUGUAGCGUGUUUGUGAAAGGAUUCUAUUUUACGUUUGACUAUGAUGAUUGAGGAAGUGUUUAUAAGCCAUUUUUCUCGCACUACUCUGGCAACUAUUUAUUAUACCUUUUUGGUCUACAAAUUUUGUGAGACAACUUUUGGCAACGAAUUAUGAAGUAUGUUGUAUGUUUGGUAUUUCUUUGAAACGUGUGUGUUCUUCAUAUAUAUAUAUACAUUUAGAUAUGCUUAUAUCAGUAGUACGAUCCGCGUCGAGUCUAGUGACUUUAUCGGCUUAACUUAUUUAUACAUUAUAUUACUUACCCACCCACCAGCACAACUGUAACUCGUGUAAUGAACAGCAGUAAGCGUGUAGGUUAUUAUAUUUUAAAAUCUUUCCUAUUUUUUAACUGUGGACAUCUGCCCGAAUGUUUAUUUGUCAGCGUCAGCUUGAAAGCGACAAACGCGUUGCACUUGUGCCAAGUGGCACUGUUGUCAAUUUUUAAUUAUAGAUAAUUUUGCGCAAACCCUCCCUUUACGCUUUGUAGAGACAGUAAAAAUUGUAAUCAAACGAUUUAUAAUUAAUGAUUUGCCAUAUUGAUCCCAUUUGAACAUGCUUCAUCUGAUUAGCUUUGUUUGAUGUGUUUGGCCGUGAUUUGUGACAGCAAGCAGCUGGAGUGCAAUUAAGGGGCACCAAUAGAGACGAUUCAAAGCAGCGUAACUCACAGUAAAAAAAGAGUCUCAUUUAUGAUCGAAUCUUGUGUGAAACAUGAUUAUUAAAAAAAAAACAAAAGGAUAAUAAUCGGUAGAUAAGCACAUUCAAUGCAGCAAGCUGCCCGUGCUUGGAGUAGGGAAGGAGUACAUCACAAAUUGACGGUUUUUUGAUUGUGACAAUGUGCUUUUUGAUAUGGGAACUGCUAAAGUAAUGCUUGUAAUGAGUGGUAGUACGCUGUAUAUGGGCAAUGAAGCGUGGUUAAACUCUAAAACAGACUAUCAUGGAAUACAGCGUGUUGGUUCAAUGUCGUGGCCUCUUGUACGGGGAAUUAGGGAAAGCUAGACACUUGAUGCUUCGCAAAAGACGACUAAUUUAAAAAACAGCACCACAGGGACGGUAUACAACUGACAGCAGAGUCAAAUAAUCAGCAAUUGUGCCGAACUCAUUAUUCUAGUCCAGCAAGUCCAGAGUGUGGAGAUGAUAGAGAUAGUUUAGUUUUACAUUUUUCAUUUCCCUUCAAAAACGUUUUGUUGCGUGCGUCAGCGUUUUACCUUCGGUGUCGUGGAAGCGGCGAGGCACUAAAUCAGGGCGAAAGGGCACAAAAAUAUGUGGCAAUGAGCACGAUGCGCCAGUGGAUGUGUGAUGGGGCCGUGUUGUGGUCUAUAUUGCAAUAUGAAACGUUACUAGUAGAACAGUAAUUACCGCAAGACAAGAGCAUACACGCUCAUAUUCAAUGAUAUAUCAACCGUAAUGAACCGUGUGGGCACAUCUGUAAGCAUUAAUCAUGCACUGUCGUAUCUCCCGAUGAGAUCAUUUAACAUAUUCUUCUCAUCCAUCGGUAGGAAAGCGCAACGGACGGGGAGAAAGAGCACGCCGCGGUAAUAUCGCACCUCCCACGGUAGCAAGGGACAUUCUAGUUGUUCGGUAGUUGACUUAUUAUAAGCAGGCGAUCAGUCAAGCUUUAUCACAAAACGCUUUAAAUAUGGAUCAGUGAACAAUAAAAUUAACGCAAACGAUAGCAAUUCAUUGUUAAAGACAUGGGAGUGUGAAGCGAUCGGAGUACUAGCGAAGGAGUGAAGCCUGAAGUACGGCAGCAUAUACUGUUAAACGAAGCGCGUGGUGAACAUGGUUAACGAGUAAAGUGGGAUCAAUUGAACAGGAAGGAUAGGGCAAACAAACGAAAAAGCUUAUAUUACGAGACGCUAUAUCUUGACGAGAUUCUUUGAACAGGAAAGCAAUACCAGCAAGGGCGUUUGUUUCGGAGCAUAACGUUCCAGUAUCGGUGUGCCAUGCGUGCGUGAGGAGGCUAUUCGCUUAUUCGCGCACUAUCACUAGGAGCUUGCCUUGUGGAAAGAACUGAUGGGUGGAACUGUAUCAUUCAAUAAAGGAUUUGUUUACUGCAAAUGUA